AUGGCGUUCGCGAUCGUAAAGACGGUCCAAGAAGAGAUGGCGUGGGUCGCGGACCUGCGUGCGUCGAGUCCCGAGACCGCCGCCAUCGUCCUUGCCAACAGCCGCUUGCUCGUCGAGCUCGCGGGGCGUGGUCACGUCCGUGCGAUCCUCGACAUGAUUGCCAGCGUCGACGACCUGCACGACCAGACGCUGUCGUACUACUACAUCAAGAUGUUCCAGGCCGCGUGCUUGCACCGGCGCAUGGACGUCAUGAAGCUCAUGGUUGACCACGGCUUCUUCCUCCUGCAUCCCUUCCUGCAGGACCUUUUGCAUCGCGUCAUUCAAGAGGCCACGCAUGAAGACGACGUGCUCCAGCCCGUUCUUCGCAUCCUUCUCCACGCGCAUCUCGAUGUGAAUCACCAGCGCAAGCCCGACCUCUGGACGCCGUUGCACGUGGCGUGCACCAAGAACUUUGUCGGGAUCGCCGCCUUGCUGCUACUGUACGACGCCGACGUCAACGCCGUCGCGCAGGACGACCUCAUGCCCCUCAACUGCGCCGAAGCCGUUCUCAAGACCAACGACGUCCAGGUCGACGACGCGAUGCGCGAGACGAACGUGCGACUCGUUGCGUUGCUGAUGGAACACAACGGCAAGCGAACGUGGCGCCGGCCCACGCCGUCCACGGCCAAGACAACCGUGUUGAGCUUCUCGUCGUCGCACAACUUGAUCGACGCAGCACCCGGCCGCCUCUUUGAUACCUGUGACGAGAGCUAA